AUGGUCUCCCACAACCAUCCCACCGGGCGGCCCUCCCAACCAACCCACCUCACCGCCGCCCAGGUGGCCGACGUUGCGCAGACCGAUCCGCCAGGCCCGGGCACCUUCAACCUCUCUUCGAGCGACGACCGUAGCACCGCCGCCCCGCCGCCCGCCGUCCUGCUCGCCCUCUCGGGCCCUUCUAGCAGCGGCAAGACCACCCUCGCCCGCCUGCUGCGCGACAUCCUGCCCAACACAUACAUCCUGCACCUCGACGACUUCUACAAGCACGACUCGCAGAUACCAGUAAACCCCAAAGGCGUCCAGGACUGGGACUGCCUGGGCGCCAUCGACGUGCCUGCGCUGCGCGCCGCGCUGGCCCACAUCCGCGCCCAUGGCGAGCCGCCGUCCGACUUCGUAAGCAAGGAGGACAAGAACGCCGUGGGUGAGUGCGGGAUCGCGGCCGAGGCCGUCGAGCGGUGUAGGGAGCGGGUGCGGCGGUUUUUCGACCAGGCCGGCGUGGCGGAGCGGUUGUGCGGGCGCAGGAUCGCCAUUGUAGACGGCUUUCUGAUGUUCUCGGACGAGAUGGCGGAACUGGGGAUCAGAGACCAGUUCGACAUCAAGUUGUUCCUGCGAACGAGCUACCAGACGGCGAAGCGGAGGCGCGAGGCGCGCUCUGGCUACGUGACUCUGGAGGGGUUCUGGGAGGAUCCGCCCGGGUAUGUGGAUGACAUUGUAUGGCCGAAUUACGUCAAGGACCACAAGUUCUUGUUCAAGGGUGGGGAUGUUGAGGGGGAGAUAGAUGAGGCGGUCGCCAAAAGAAUAGGCAUUGAGACUAUGCCCCAAGAUGCGGCCGAAGAUAUGGGAAAGGUCCUCGACUGGGCUACCAAGGUAAUAGUAGACGAGCUGAAUAAGAUAGCUCAGUCAUAA